AUGGUUCAACUUUAUGCACACAAAUUUUUUACCGGUUUGAUGCGUAAUGCAACAGCAUUACGUUCUGUAACGUUGUAUCUGCAGCGGCCCUAUGCAAAAGUUGCUUCACCAGAAGAUUAUGGCCAUUACACGGAUCCGUUGGAAGCACACGAAGAGUCAAUGAAAAGAAGACAACUUGUCGCAACACUUGCUGGUGAUGAUCGUUACGAGACAAAAGUUUAUUAUAAAUUGGAAAAUUCAUCGCGUGAAAAUCCGAAUCUCGUCCCUUCGGAUUACGAUUAUCGACUUCUAGCUUGUUUUUGUGAGCCAGACACAACUUUUCCAGUGCUCUUUGUUUUACAUGAAGGUGAACCGCAGCGUUGCCGUUGUGGCCACUGGUUUAAGCUUAUUGAUCAGGAAGGCGCGGAUCAUGUCUGA